ACAUAAUCUAUAUCACUGUUAUCUAUAUUACUCAUCUAUAUUCAUCUAUAUUUUAGAAUUUACAGUGUGGCCAGUUUAUAUAUAUGGGAGCGGACGGUUGCCAUGGCAGUGGCUUCAGUACAGCAUGGCUGCAGCAGUGUGGUGAUGUCACAGUAAUGACAUCACAGCAUUUGGAACUUUGGAGGUGAAGAAGAUCCUGAGUUUGAACUUUAGUGAUCAGUUCUGCUUGCACCUGCGACUGAACUGCACUGAGAGAGAGACACCUGCACUGAGAGAGAGACACCUGCACUGAGAGAGAGACACCUGCACUGAGAGAGAGACACCUGCACUGAGAGAGAGACACCUGCACUGAGAGAGAGACACCUGCACUGAGAGAGAGACAGAGUCCGAGAGAGAGUCUGAGAGUUUAUCCAUCUACUUCACUUAUUCCAGAGAUCUGGAGAGAGAGAUGAAUGGGACAAUGAGCGAGAGCGAGGUCCAGCAGACCAUUGUACUGAUCCAGAAGAUUGAGAGUGAAAAAAGAGACCGAAUCCUGCAGGCCUGGACUGUGGCCAGUAAAGAAUGGACGGAGGAGAAAAAGAAGAUGAAGCAGGAGAUCGAACUGCUGAAGCAGGAAGCAGGGAGGCUGAGGAUGAUGAAGAAGAAGGAUGGAGAGAUAAAGGACCUCAAGGAAAUGAGGAAGCUCCACCAAUCAGAGAUGGAUCUGCUUCAAAAGAAAGAGAACGACAGGAGAGACAGAAUCCUGAAGGCCUGGACUGAAGCGGGUAACAAAUGGGACUCAGAGAAAAGGAAGAUGAGGCAGGAGAUCGCCCAGCUGAAAGAAGAAGAGAAGCUGAGAGCGAUGAAGAAGAAGGAUGAAGAGCAGGUGGGAGAGAUGAAGGAGCUGGAGAAAAUGAGAGAGCUCCACCGGAAAGAGAUAGAACUGCUCCGAAAGACGGAUAAUGAAAGAAGAGACAGAGUCCGGGAGUCCUGGCUUAAACUCUGCUCUGAAUGGAAGGAGGAGAAACAGCAGAUGAAGCUGGAGGAAGAAAAAAGACAGCGUCUCCUGGAGUCCUGCAUGAAGGAGAAAGACGAAUGGAAGGAAAAGGUGGAGUUGAUGAUGAAAGAAAGAGAGAAGGAGAAGAAGGAGAUGGAAUCCAUGAUGAAAGAGAGAAAGGAGGAGAAGGAGAUGGAAAAGAUGAGGAAGGAGACGGAAGCCGAGGUGAUAAAGGAGGAAGAGGAGAAGGAGGAGAGAGGGAUGGAGGUGCUGGUGCUGAAAAUGAAAGCACUGUCCCUUGGAGAGGAGGACAACAGGUGGCAGAGGACCAACCUGAAGUCCAGGAGGAGAAGAAGAGCAGUCCGUUCCAUUUUCCCUUUCUCUACAUCUUUCCUUUAAUCUUCCAAAUAAAUCAGUUUUUUAUUCAAAC